ACUUUGAAAUUUUUUCUGUGUGGUUCUUUUUCUCUCUUUUUAUUCCAGUUACUUCAACACAGAACAUGAUUGAUAUUUCAGUAUUGGACCAAUGGAAGACAAGUUUAUCUCUUGAGGAUUUCCUGGAAAAGAAACCUAUUUCUUCUGUAGAGUUCCAUGUUAGUAAUGAAUUAGCAGAAGUUAUCCCAAGUUCAAAUCCCUGCUCUCAGACUGACACAGAAGAACCUUUUUUGCUUAAGGAAAUUGUUUUUAAGGAAGAACCCACCCAAGAAAAUUAUUUGAAGACUCACUGCGCCACUGAAUUUAAAGAACAAUGGCAAGAUUUAUGUAUGGAAGAGGAACUUGUUUUUAUUGACAAUCUUGAAAAUUUUCGUAAAAAACUGCCUACUUCAUCUGUACUUCUGAGCAGACUACAGCUUUUUUUAGUGAAAGAUCCCCUUUUGGAUUAUGAAGAACAGAAUUUAACCGAAGAGAACAUUUUCAGGGAAUGUUUGAUUUUCCAAAAUGAUAUGCAUAUGCAAGAGAGUGGAAAGGAAUUACAGGAGAUUAAAGAGAACUUCUGUACUGCAUCUUUAAAAGAUGAAGAGUAUUUGACAUUGCCUCUUCAGUUAGAAUUCUGCCAUCCCAGCAAUGACAGAUCAGAUUCUGUUAAUAUUCCAUCAUACUUGGAGCUGAAAGAGUUGUUAAAUGUAGCUCCAGAAACUGUGGCUGAUGAAGACAUGUGGAAAGAAUUGAUCAAAGAAGAUGUCAAAGCAGAAAUUACAUACAAAAUAGAAAUUUCUGACUACUGUCCCACACCACAAGAAGUUUGCUCCAGUGACAGAGGAAGUACAUUGGAAUUCUGUGAGUCAGCUAAAUACAUUCCAUACCUGAAAGAUGAAAUGGAAGUACCUUUAAGUCCUCCAUGCAGACAACAAAGAUUGUGGGUUCAUUUUCUGUGCCCAGAACUUCAAGAAGAACCUUUUCCUCUUUCUGAUAACAGUAUUUUGAUUACAGAGCCCUCUAGGGAAUACUCAGAAUCUUUGGUAUGGCAGUCAGAGAAGUAUCGGGAUAAUAUGAGCUCUCUGUUGCUUAUUGAGCAUCAGACCGAUAAACUGGCUUAUGAGCAUCAUUCGCUUACAGAACUGAAAGAAAUGCUACCAGUUGAGGUAGAAGCACCAAUGCUUUGCUCACUAAAGGAGGGCUGGUGGCUUCAUUUGCAUUUACAUCCAAUCUCCAUAGAAACUUUGGAACAAUUAAAUAUGGAUAUCAGUAAUGCAAACAGUUUGCUUUCUACAGAAGUAGAAACAUUCACAAAAUUUACAACUUACCAGUUGGAAAGAUGGCUUGAAGAGAGGAAUUCUGUGACAAACCAGGAGCUGCUUUCUGCUGGAAGACAUCAGUCAGAGAAAGUAAUUAAUCUUUGCAUGUCACUGCAGACUCAAAGGCAGUGCUUUGCCCCACAUAUGACUGCUGCGUCAUCUGCCAAAAUUCACAGUACAAAUACAUCUGUGGAAGAGCUCAGUGAGGGAAACAUAAAAAAGAAUAAGAUGGAAGAGGCCAUUUAUUUCUUAAGCCAAGAAAAGAAAACCCUCAAAUCCCCUGAAUCAGACAGCUGUAAAGAUGUGUCUUUUAAGCAAGACAACUCAUCUAGUAAUCAAAAGCCUGCAUCAUUUGCACUUGCCACAAAAUGGGAGUACGAUGAUUCUGAUCUGAGCAACUUUAUCAUGCUGAGAUCUAAAUAUACACUCACUCAAAGAGAGGAUAAAGAUGAUGCAAAUAGUCCUGGAAAAGGGCUACAAUCUGACGAACAGCCUACAGAUUUUCACAAAGAGGACAGUUCCGUUUGUGAAACUGUGAGAACAGAGUUAAAAGACCAAGAGAGCGAGGACAGUGUCACAGUCGAUAUUCAAGCAUCAGAAAACCAAUGCCAGGCAUACUGCCUCUUGGAAGAAGCAGCCAAUCCUGUUCUAAAAGAUUUGACAGAUCUGGGUGUACUUGCUUCUGUAAAUUGGAGCUUUGACAGCAUUAAAUUUGAUCAUACAAGGUUUUUCUUAAAACAGCAAGAGAAAAUUAUAUGUGAUCGUUUUAAAGAAGGUAAAGUGAAUGAGAAGGAGAUCAUGCUGUUCAGACAUGCUGCACUUGUGCACCUGCUGGUGACAGUUCGAGAUCUUCUAUUAACAUGUGACUUGGACACAGCACUAGUUUAUUUGUCCAAGGCAAGGGAUAUCUAUAAAAACAUCUUAGAAUCCUGUUUGAAUAACAUCUGGAGGCAGCUGAAGAUCAUACAGUACAGCAGCCAGAAAAAGCACGAAACAAAUCCCAAAAUAACAGAGCUUCAGUGUCAGAUCUUAAAAUGGAAGCGAAGUUACGGAGAGGAACACAGUGUUAAGGUUAACAAUGUAAACAAUUUCUCUGAGCAAACAAAACCACUUCAAACAGUGAAUAAUUAUAAAACAUCUUUCAGCGAGGGUUGGCUUAUGGAAGAAAGUCUUAUAAUUAUCUUUCCAAUUCACCAUAUUGCAGACGUACAACAGCUUUGUCAUCUUAAUGUCAGCUCAUUUCUUUUGCUUUUCUUCUUCCAGAUACUAAUCAUAACAAGAAUGGACUCUGAGAGAGAAAAAGCUGCUCUCCUUCAUACUUUAUCUAAAGUAGAAGGUUUAAAAGCUACGGAUUUGAAUUCUGAAAAAAAAGGAUCUUGUUUAAGUUGUAAAGAUAUCAUACGCAACCUUAGUAGAUACUCCUGUGUUAUUGUACAUAAUCAGCAAAUUGGAGCUGACUUCCCCUGGACACACUUCUCAUUAGUAGUGGAAUAUGAUUAUUCUGAGAACUCUUGCUGGAAAAAUCUGUGCAAAAAUCUGAGUGUUACUUACAUGACUUUUAAAACCACCCUUCCUGAAACAAUACAAACAAGGGAUCACUGUGGUUCCUUUCUUCUGGAAGUACAGAUUCCAUAUGUAUUUCUGACAACUGAAGGUCUUCUUAAUAUGCCAGAUAUUCUUCAGCUUUUGGAAUCAAAGUACAGCAUUUCCUUUGUUGAAAGAUGCAGUAGUUACUCCUUAAAGCUCUUUGGAAGUACAGAUCGAUAUGUUGUGUUGACAGUGGAUGAAUGUACUGCUAUCUUUUUGCAGUGUAUGGAAGAACUAAAUUAUGAGCAAUCCCGUGACAAUGUAAUAUUGAAGCUAAUGGCAUUAUCGCUCCAAUAUACAUGCUGUUGGAUUGUGUUCUAUUCCAGAGAAAGACUGAGUUUAGAGUACAGUCUUCGGGGAGAUACUCUGCUUAACCUUGUCUUAAUUUAUGCCACUGUAAUUGAGCUUACACAAAAGUCAGAAGACUUUGAAGUGAAGGUAGUUCUUACUCCAGGGAUUGAAGAGACAGCACUGGUAAUUCGCCAGAUUGCUGACAACAUUUUGAUAGCAUCUAAUAUCAGUCCUCAUGAGUGGUUGGACAAAUCCUGGCUUUCUGUCUUGCCAUCUGAGACAGAGAAAUGCCUGCUUGCUUUUCCAUGUAUCAAUCCUCUAGUUGCUCAGAUUAUGUUAAAGAAGGAAUCUUCACUGAACAGGUUGUUUCUAGCAAGUUUUGAUCAACUGCAGGAACUUCUCCCAAAGCUUCCAAAAAAAGUUUUAAAGCAUUUUAGUGACAUAACCUCUUCAUACACCCUAAAUGCUGCUCCUUCACUGGAAACAGCAGUGAAAGGUGCAUCAGCCCCAGAAAACAGUAAUAACUUCUAUCCAGACCAUAAACAAAAUCAUCAGUCUUUACAGCUACUUGGUAAAGCACAAAACAGCGCAGGAACAUUUCUCAUGAGUUCUGAAGCCGUAAUUCCUCCACUGAAUCAUCACCAGGGGUUUUUUGACUCUGAACUUCCAAGCUUUAUGGAAAAGAAAUCAUGUUCUUCAGAAGUAAUUACAAGGAGGAAGCAGAAUUUCUUUGCUGUGCCAAAGGACUGUGAAGAGUUUGCUCAUCUGGAUGUUACUAGUUCCCUUCAUACUCAAAGACAGCCUUUCAGGAUGCACUACAACUCUGAUCAUUCUUCCAAAAACUCUGAAAAAGGAGAUUUAUUUGCAACUUUCAAUGACUAUGCACCUGGGGAGAGCUCUCAGCAUAUUCUAGAAGAAUUGAGAGACAAAACAUUCAAGACCCCAGAAAUUCUGAUUGACCAGACCCCAUGGAAUGACUCUUCAUCCACAUGCCCACGUGAUUCAUUUGCAUCUGAUGGUUUUCUCUCAGAUUUCUUCAUUGACCCAGAUGAGCUUCAAAGUCUGAAUUCUCACCAAAUAGAAUCUAAAGGAAAGAGAAAACAAAGUCCACCAUUCUUAUGGACAGAACAAAAGUUUAGAACAGAUUCAGGAUUUGCAGAAGUGCCAGAGUUCAAGAAAAAGAGAUUGGCAUAUGAAAGAGUCCCUGGAAGAAGGGAUGGACAAACACGGCUUAAAUUCUUUUGAAUUGAAUAAGGAUUUGCAUACUAUACAUAUUUUAAACUCUUUUAAGGGAAAUAGAUUCAAUUUUUGUUCAUUUUUAGAGAGAACUUAGGGUUUGGGGAUCCUUACCAAUCCAGGAUUCUUUUGUAUGUUUUUAAAAUUUUAGUAAACAAACUAGUUCCUUGAACUUGGAGAAUUACUGUUUUUCUGUUUGUUCUCAUGAGUGAUGUUAAGGUAUUUUA